AUGUCAGUUUUUUAUGCGUGUGAACGGUUUAAUCAGUCUUGCAAUGGAAAUGGACAAUGCACCAACGAAGAAUUAUCAUUCAUUUGCAAUUGCUAUCCUGGCUAUACUGGGAUUGAUUGUGAGAUAAACAUUAAUGAUUGUGAAAAUGAGAAUUGCAGUGGUAAUGGCCGCUGUAUUGAUGAAAUCAACUCUUAUCAUUGCGAGUGUGCACCAGGUUUUUCUGAGACAAACUGUGAGACAAAUAUUGACGAAUGUGAUGGUCAAAACUGCAGUGGUGAAGGACUGUGUAUGGAUGGAAUCAACUCAUACACUUGUGUAUGUUCUGCUGGGUACACUGGUGAUAAUUGCAGCACAAACAUUAAUGAUUGUGAGUUUCAAAAUUGUACCGGAAAUGGUGAAUGUAUGGAUGAAAUCAACUCGUAUGCUUGUGUAUGUUUUGCUGGGUAUACUGGUGAUAAUUGCAGCACGAACAUUGACGAUUGUGAGUUUCAGAAUUGCAGCGGAAGUGGUGAAUGUAUGGAUGGAAUCAAUUCCUAUAUCUGUGUCUGCAAUACCGGAUUCACAGGUAUGACCUGUGAAACUAACAUUGACGAUUGCAUGAAUCAAGAUUGCAAUGAACUAGGUACGUGUAUCGAUAGUAUAAACUCAUUCUCGUGUAACUGUGACCCUCCAUUCACUGGGUCGCUAUGUAAUAGGAUUGAUUAUUGCUAUGGUGUGAAUUGUAACAGAAACGGUUGCUGUGUUAACGAACAAACUAACUUCACUUGUAAUUGCAAUCCUGGAUUCACUGGAGAACUGUGUAGUAUGGAUAUGCAAUCAAAUGGAGUGUGGGAUGGAGUUGUCAUAGAGGCACUGCUGGGUGGAGUAACGGCUGCACUGCUUCUGCUGGUGUUGAUCAUCAUCUUGUUGCUAGUGGCGAUAGCCUACCUUGUAAAGAAAAAGAAUUCCAUCAAUACUACAUACUUUCCAAAUAGUGAGAUGCAUGGAGACAACCAAGUGUACGCGAUCCCCGACAACUCCUUGGAACAAACUACAUCCACAAACCUAACCAACACAGGUACGAUGAGAUCAGACAUUGCUGAGUUUGAGAACACCCUUUACGACAGUGUACAGUUGGCAGAAGUCAACAAUCCCGAUGAUGAAGAUAUUGAUCUCAAGGAGUUCUCACUCUAAAGGAUAACAUUUUUCAGUGAGGAACAAUUAUUAUAAAAUUAUAGCCUUCAACACAUUAUCAUGCAGUGUUCUGUGUUUUGUGACAUUACACUAUCCAGUGUUUUUUGCUUUUUCAAAGUAGUAAUAGUUGAGUUGUUGAGUUGUGCUAUUGCAUUUUAUGAAUGUUCUCACUA